AGGAGACAAACUAUUUACGGGGUAUUAAAGUGUAUCCGGGCAUGGUUUUAGGGCUACCUUUAUUGUAUUCAGAUAUAUUGUCAUGUCACAGCUUGCGCAGCACCAUAGCAUCGAGGCCUCCUCACUCCAAACACAGCAUCCGCCCCUCCCUUACCCAUCCGCACACCACCACCUCCAUUCCUCUCCAUCUACGUCUGCCUUCUUUGCUGCAACAACACCAACGGCUCAUACUCGCACUACCCUCGGUCAAAUAGCCUCCAUGUCCAUCUCCCCCCCGCCAAUCUACCGAUCACUCCUCUCCCCCAUCCCUUUCUCCCCGCCCUUCUCACCCUCUUCCCCUCCGAUCCCCGUCGUGCUCUCCGGCUGCGGCUGCGGAUCCGGCUGCUUCGCGGGAUGCGCAUCGCCCGGCUUUCCUUCGUCCCGGCUGGCCGUGCUCUGUGGAUCCGUGUCCUGCGUGUCUGUGCGGGCGUCUGUGGCGUUUGAGUCGAAUUGGUUGGCUGGGAGAUUCUUGCCUAUGAACUUGGAGUUGGAGGAGGAGGAGGAGUUAAGGUGCAGGGGGGAUGUGGUGGUGUAGGUGCGUGUGGUUGUGUUUGUGGUUGGGGUGAGCCCGGAGGGUGGGAAGGGGCAUUGUUUGAUGCUGAUACGUGGCGCUUGUGGAAGGUGUUCGUUCCUUGAAUGGCGCGGCAGCAUGGUUCGAUAUA